GCCUUUCCCUAGAGCACAAUGACUACCGUUCAGAAAAUAAAAGAAGUCGAAGAUGAGAUGGCUAAAACCCAGAAAAACAAGGCCACUAGCUACCAUCUUGGGCAGCUAAAGGCAAAACUUGCGAAACUACGGCGAGAACUCAUUGCUCCUCCAGGCGGUGGAGGAGGCGGAGGCGGAGGCGUAGGCUUCGAUGUGGCACGGACGGGUAUAGCCUCUGUCGGUUUCGUCGGGUUUCCUUCAGUGGGAAAGUCGACACUGAUGUCCAAGCUCACUGGGACACACUCUGAGGUCUCUGCCAUUGAUUUUACGACGCUGACCACCGUUCCGGGGACUGUCAAGGUACAUGGCGCUCCCAUUCAAAUAUUGGAUUUGCCUGGUAUUAUCGAAGGAGCGAAUGAUGGACGUGGACGAGGUCGACAAGUCAUUGCUGUCGCGCGCACAUGCAACCUCAUAUUUAUUGUUCUCGAUGUGCUAAAGCCUCUCGGUGAUAAGAAGCUCAUUGAAUCUGAACUGGAAGGAUUUGGGAUCCGAUUAAAUAAACGACCCCCUGCGAUCCUUGUCCGCAAGAAGGAAAAGGGCGGCAUUGCGAUCACAAACACCGUCCCGCUGACGGAUGUCGAUCACGAUGAAAUCAAGGCGAUACUCAGUGAAUACAAAAUCAACAAUGCUGAUAUCGCCAUCCGAGAACCUGGCGCUACGGCGGAUGACUUGGUGGAUGUCAUUGAAGGCAACAGAGUCUACAUACCUGCUCUAUAUGUGCUGAACAAGAUCGAUGCAAUAUCCAUCGAGGAGCUUGACUUAUUGUACAAAAUUCCGAACUCAGUUCCUAUAUCGUCUCGAGAAUGGAUGAAUAUUGACGAACUUGUCGAGAAAAUGUGGGAAACCCUUAACUUGGUUCGAGUAUACACCAAACCACGGGGUCUAGCCCCUGACUAUUCUUCGCCUGUCGUACUUCGACGGGGAAAAUGUACAGUUGGAGACUUCUGCAAUUCAAUACACAAAGAGAUCGCUAAGCAGAUGAAAUAUGCUAUCGUGUGGGGUGCCAGUGCUAAGCACUCCCGAGGCCAGAAAGUAGGGCUGGAGCAUGUCCUAGAAGAUGAAGACGUGGUGCACAUAUCAAAAAAAUGAUGGUAUCUGUUAUCUCCUUGUUCACAGAAAUUUGUAGCUCUAGUCAAGUUUAUACCUGCCUUACGACGUAUGUAUGAAGUCGAUUGCUUUGAGGAAUCUGAUUUGAAACUGUGGACGUCCACGUUCAAAAAUUUCAAGCUCGCUCCCGAGCAUACCC